CCUGGGAACAGGUGAACACCUAUCAGCUCCCAUUCCAGCGGGAUGCCAAACCUCACAGUCAAAACCAGUCCUCACUCUUCAGGCUCCUGGAAUCAUGGCGAACGGCGCGCUGGAGAUCGUGGGAAUGUGUGUGAGCCUGAUCGGCUUCGUCGGGUUGGCGGCCAGCACCGGGAUGCCGAUGUGGCGUGUGACAGCAUUCAUCGGGGAGAACAUCAUCGUGAUGGAGACCCGGUUCGAGGGCUUGUGGAUGAACUGCUACCGGCAGGCCAGCAUCCGGAUGCAGUGUAAGGUGUACGACUCCUUGCUGGCUCUGUCCCCUGACCUCCAGGCUGCUCGGGGGCUCAUGUGCUGCUCCGUGGCAUUGACUGGGCUGGGUUUACUAAUUGCCAUCGCUGGGAUGCAGUGCACGGCAUGCAUCCAAGGAAACGACCGGGCCAAGCGGAUGGUUCUGAUCAUCUCUGGAUGCAUGAUCCUAUUGGGCUGCUUCUGCUGCCUCAUCCCUGUCUCCUGGACCGGACAUGUCAUCAUCCAGGACUUCUACAACCCGUUGCUCAUCGAUGCCCAGCGUAGAGAACUCGGGGAAGCGUUGUACAUCGGUUGGGUGUCCUCUGCUUUCUUAUUCGCUGGCGGGUGCAUAUUCACCUGCUGUAGUGGCUCCCUGGACGAGGGCCCGGAUCCCAGGUACAAGUACACCAGGAACGCACCCAUGGCUUAUCAGCCACAGCCCGUGACCUAUCACCCCCAACCGCACUUGGUGUACAGCCACCCGUCCGGGCCACCGUCAUUCAUAGAGCAGUCAUACCAGCCAUCCAGACAGCAGUCAUUCAUUGAUCCGUCCAGACAGCAGUCAUUCGUGCAGCCGUCCCGAUAUCCAUCCACCCGCAGCGCCGUCGAUUAUAUCUGAAAUCCAGCUGGAUGUUUCACUGGCCUGUGUAUUUGUGUUUGUUUUUGUGUGUUAGAGAAAGAUGGAAAGGAUGGACUUCUAACCAAAAGGUUUAAAAAAUAUAUAUUAGAACAAAUUUUAAUGAAAAUUAGACCUAAAAAAGUAGUAUUUUUUUUUUUUCAAAUAUCUAAAUAGGAUGUUAAAGAACUGACUUUUAAACAAAGCUUUUAAAAAUAAAAAUAAAAUAAAAUAAAAAACAAGGGGAAAAGACUAUUUAAACAUAUCCUCUUUUUAUCACCGUUUCAUUCUUGGGAAUGUUUUUGACAGAAUUGUUAUACCAUUUGCACUGUAGCAAUUUAAAUGUCUAAGUAAGAGAAGAUGAGAAAUAGAAAGGACAGACCUCUAACCAGAGGUUUGACAAAUAGAAAAAAAGUUUUUAAUUAAACAGAAAACUUUUAAUGUAAUUAUUGUUACUACUUUGGUUU